AUGGCUCAUAAACCGACAACUGCCAUAGAAGAAUUUUCAAAAUCGUUGGACGAAUUAAUUUCAGAACUGGAUACCAUUGAAAAAAGUGGGAACGAAAUUUUCAGUAAAAUGUUGGUUUUUCUUAUUUUUCGACAUAAUCAUCCACCUUCUACUAUUCACUUUCGACUUUGUGCCCAUAGCGAGAAUUCGUUUUCUUAUUCAUAUCCACUAUCCUCCGUAACAAAUGAAUUGAAUACCCUUCAAGGAGCAAUUCAGCAUUUUGAAACGCGUGCGAAUUACUUUGGAGUAACAGGUCUUAGUACAGCGCUACUGGAAAAAAGCGAUCCAACUUCCAGCAGUAAUACACCUGUUAAUAGAACAAAAAUACAGACGAUGAUUGAAGAAAAAAAACUUGCCGUAGACGAAUUGCUUAAAGAGUCAAAACGUAUUGCUGAUAAUUCGAGAGCCGCUCAUUCUGAUUAG